GAAUAUAAACUACAAAAAAAUUUCUUUCCCCCGCGAGGUUUUAUAUUUUUCCCCACGAACAGAGUCCGCUGCCGCCUUGCCGUCGCCGUGGCGAUUCAUCUGAUUUACCGAUUUUGAGUGUCACCUAAAGUGGUCAGAUUCAAAAUCCUUGUAUCAACUACUGAAUCACCACUAUCUACUCUCAAUCCAAGUUAACACCCGGCGGCGGGAAACCUAACUGCCUCUCCCUUUAUCCUCCGCGUCCAUUGAUUUUAGUUUUAGCACGGUGUUUCUUUUGAAAUCUUGAUGGGCUCAAUCUUGGGAGAUCUUGAGAAGCAGCUGCUGAUACUAUAUGCCUCACAGACUGGAAAUGCAAUCGAUGCUGCUGAGCGACUUGGCCGUGAAGCUGAGCGUCGUGGCUGCCCCUCUGUUUCUGUUCUCUCCAUUGAUGAAUUUCAACCUAGCGACUUGCCCGAUAAUGAGGUGGUGAUUUUUGUGGUGUCCACCACUGGACAAGGAGACAACCCAGACUCCAUGAAGAUUUUUUGGAGGUUCUUAUUGCAAAAGAAUCUGACGAGAGAAUGGCUAAAAGGAGUUAACUAUGCAGUGUUUGGUUUAGGGGAUUCGAGCUACCAAAAGUAUAAUUUUGUGGCAAAGAAGCUAGAUAAGCGGCUAUCAGAUCUUGGUGGAACAGCAAUUGUUGAAAGAGGACUGGGAGAUGAUCAGCAUCCUUCAGGGUAUGAAGGAGCCUUAGAUCCCUGGAUGUCGGCUUUGUUUAAUACAUUGUAUCAAAAGAUUCCCAAAUUACUUCCAAAUGGCCCUGAUUUUGUGACCCGUGACACUAUUUCAAUUGAUCUGCCAAAGGUGCAAAUUUUGUAUCAUGACGCUGAAGAAGCUAUGCACCCUUUUUCGACUUCUGCAGAUUUAAAGUAUAACGGGAUUCAAAUUGAAAGUGCUCGCAUGAUGACCCCUGGGAAACUUUCUGGCAAAAAUAGACCUGAUUGUUUCCUCAGAAUGACCAAGAAUCAUCGAUUGAGUAGGGAGAACUGUGGGAAGGACGUACGUCACUUUGAAUUUGAAGCACUUUCCUCUUCAAUAGAUUAUGAAGUGGGCGAUGUUCUUGAAAUUCUUCCUGGACAAAGCCCAGCUGCCGUUGAUGCUUUUAUAAAACGUUGUAAUCUCAACCCUGAAUCAUACAUAAUUGUUCAGCCUAGAGAUAAGAAGAAUCUUGGUUCUUCGAAUCAUUCUUUGUUCCCAGUGAAAAUAAAGUCCUUCAUCGAGUUAACAAUGGAUGUGGCCUCUGCUUCUCCGAGGCGCUAUUUCUUUGAGAUAAUGAGCCAUUUCGCCACUGCUGAACACGAAAAGGAAAGGCUCCAAUACUUUGCCUCUCCCGAAGGAAGAGAUGACUUAUACCAAUACAACCAGAAAGAACGAAGAACUGUCUUGGAGGUACUCGAGGAUUUUCCCUCCGUGCAAAUGCCGUUUGAGUGGCUGGUCCAGCUGGUUCCUCCAUUGAAGCCGCGGGCUUUCUCCAUUGCUUCUUCUCUCUCUGCCCAUCCAAACCAGGUCCACUUGACCGUCAGUGUUGUCUCUUGGACAACUCCCUACAAGCGAAUACGGACAGGCCUUUGCUCAUCAUGGCUUGCUAGCAUUGAUCCUCAGCAGGGCAUCAACAUCCCGGCAUGGUUUAGCAGAGGCUCUCUCCCUCGACCCCCUCCAUCCCUCCCUCUUAUCCUAGUCGGGCCUGGGACUGGGUGUGCCCCAUUCCGUGGAUUUUUGGAGGAAAGGGCGAUACAGAGCAACACAGUCCCGACUGCCCCGGUCCUCUUUUUUUUCGGAUGUAGAAGUGAGAAAGAUGACUUUCUGUACCGGGAAUUCUUGCUCUCCCUCGCAGAGAGGGAUGGGGUGCUCUCAGAAUCGAAGGGCGGAGGACUCUUUGUCGCCUUUUCGAGGGAUCAGCCGCGGAAAGUGUACGUGCAGCAUAGAAUUCGGGAGCAGAGCAGAAAGGUUUGGGAUUUACUUGCUCAGGGUGCUGCUGUUUUUGUCGCUGGAUCUGCUAAUAAGAUGCCGGCGGAUGUGCUGGCGGCAUUUGAGGAGGUGGUGGAAAGGGAAGCCGGGGUUGCGAGGGAGGCGGCGCUCCGGUGGAUUCGGACGCUGGAAAAGGCUGGUAAGUAUCAUGUUGAAGCAUGGUCCUAGAGCCUAUCUUUGCCUCAUCCUGCUUUUGUCCUAUGGGAAAAAAAAAAAUUUAAAAUUUUUUAGAGAUUAAUUUAGUUUUAAAUAUAGAUAUUUAUUAUUAUUGUAAUUUUAAGUAAUUUAAACAUGAAAUUGUUUUAUGCAUUCGGGAUUUUUGGGUGGCCCUUCGUA